AAAAAAAGGGGAAAGGAAAAAAAAAUACAAAACCCCCCAAACAACCACAAAACCAGGCUUGCGUUGGAAAAGACAUUUACCCUGGCGCUGUGAGAGCAGAAAGCCAGGGGAAAGCAGAAAAAGACGCUUGUCACCCGGGGAGGAGUCUUCGGCACCCCGGACAGCACCUCCAGCACCGCCGACAGACUCCCGCACUGCCGGCAGCGGCUCGGGCAUCCCCACUGCGGUCGCCGACAACAUGGCUCCGAUCGCGGACAGCCGGCAGCAGUUCGAUGAAAUUCCUGCAGUGGUUGGGAUCUUUAGUGCAUUUGGCCUUGUUUUCUCUAUCUCCCUUUUUGCUUGGAUUUGCUGCCAACGUAAAUCUUCUAAAUCCAGUAAGACCCCUCCAUAUAAGUUUGUCCAUGUUCUGAAGGGUGUUGAUAUUUAUCCUGAGAAUCUGAAUAGUAAGAAGAAAUUUGGAGCAGAUGAUAAAAAUGAAGAAAAGAACAAAUCAGCAAUGCCAAAGAAUUCUCUGCAUCUUGACCUGGAGAAGAGAGAUUUAAAUGGCAACUUUCCGAAAACAAGCCCUAAAAUUCAGAGCUCUCCAGAUCUUGAAAAUUUGUCUCCUAAGCAUUUUGCAGAAAGGAAGAAAGAUUCAGUAUCCCCUGACAGUUUAAAGUCCACCACUUCCCUGUCAUCUGAGGAUAAACAAGACAAGCUAGGAACGAUCUUUUUCUCCUUAGAGUACAACUUUGAGAAAAAGGCAUUUGUAGUGAACAUCAAAGAAGCACGUGGCUUGCCAGCAAUGGAUGAACAGUCAAUGACUUCUGAUCCCUACAUCAAAAUGACAAUUCUGCCUGAGAAAAAGCACAAGGUGAAAACCAGAGUGCUGAGAAAAACCUUAGAUCCAGCUUUUGAUGAGACCUUCACAUUUUAUGGGAUCCCCUAUAGCCAAAUCCAAGACUUGACACUUCACUUUAUGAUCUUGAGCUUUGACAGGUUUUCCAGAGAUGAUGUCAUUGGAGAAGUCCUCAUUCCCCUCGCAGGAAUUGAACUGUCAGAAGGAAGGCUGCUAAUGGACAGAGAGAUCAUCAAAAGAAAUGUUAGGAAAUCAUCUGGGCGUGGAGAAUUACUGGUCUCUCUCUGUUAUCAGUCUACAACAAAUACGCUUACCGUGGUUGUUUUAAAAGCCAGGCAUCUACCUAAAUCUGAUGUAUCAGGAUUGUCAGACCCUUAUGUCAAAGUGAACCUGUACCAUGCUAAGAAGAGAAUUUCUAAAAAGAAAACCCAUGUGAAGAAAUGCACUCCCAAUGCAGUGUUCAAUGAAUUGUUUGUCUUUGACAUUCCUUGUGAGAGCCUUGAUGAUAUCAGCAUUGAAUUUUUGGUCUUAGAUUCAGAUAGAGGGUCAAGGAAUGAGGUCAUUGGCCGGUUAACCUUGGGAUCUUCAGCAGAAGGAACAGGUGGAGAACACUGGAAAGAAAUUUGUGAAUACCCCAGGAGACAAAUUGCCAAAUGGCAUAUGUUGUGUGAUGGUUAGCAGAGGGAUUGGAACUUGAAAAACUAUAUAUAUUUCCAUAAGCAAGGAGCAGUUUUCUUUCUUUGCUGUGCAUAAUCAAAAGCUUGUAACUGCAAGACUUUUUUUUGGGGGGUGGGGAAAUAAAAAUUGGAUUGAAUUUUCAGAACAGAAGGUAACUAAAUUUUCACAGUAAACAAACAAAAAAAUCUGUUUCAUUAGACUUUGCAAUAAUUGGAUCAGAUUCAUAUUCUUCUGGAGUUUAAGUAGUCUGAAACUUUUGAAGCACUAUGAAUUUCAACAAGAAAGGAAUAUGUUUUAUGAAAAAGUCAUUGGAAACCUUAUUAGUACAGAAGAAGAUAACCUCAUUAAAAUAUAUUACUAUAUCUAAAUAAUAAUUAAAAAAAGCCUCCUGUGGCUCACAGGAGAAGGGAAGUAUGGUGAGUAGGAGGGGAAUUCCUUCUGCUCCUCCAUCAAAAACCUUCUUUUAUGAAAAUUCAAUCAUAAUCACCAUGUUUUGGUUAUUUAUACUUUGAUCAUCCCAAAGACUGAAGAGAUUUUCAGCAAUUUGCUUUACAUAUUACAUCACAUGCAACUAGCUGGAUUU